AUGAAAGGCUUCCUCGGCGUUGCCUUGCUUCCUCUCCUCGCGGCGGCCUCUCCGGUUGCCGUCGAGUCCAUCCACAACGGAGCUGCCCCCAUCCUCUCAUCGACAAACGCCAAAGAGAUUCCAGACUCCUAUAUUGUUGUUUUUAAGAAGCACGUCGAUUCCGAUGCAGCGUCGGUUCACCAAAGCUGGGUGCAGGACAUCCACAGCCAACAGUCCGGGCGAUCGGAUCUGAAGAAGCGGUUCCUCGGCCUGGAAUUUGGAUUUGGCGAUGAGCUCUUUGAGGGUCUCAAGGGUACGUUCAAUAUUGCUGGGUCCCUGAUGGGAUACUCCGGUCACUUCCAUGAAGACACGAUCGAGGAGAUCCGCAAGCACCCUGACGUCGAGUACAUCGAGCGCAACUCUGAAGUCCACACUCUCGAGGACUCUGCCGUAGAGAAGAACGCCCCCUGGGGUCUGGCUCGUAUCUCUCACCGGGACAGACUCUCCUUCGGUACCUUUAACAAGUACCUCUACGCCUCUGAAGGUGGCGAGGGCGUUGAUGUCUACACAAUUGAUACUGGUAUCAAUAUCGAGCAUGAGGAUUUCGGUGGCCGUGCUACCUGGGGCAAGACAAUCCCCACCAACGACGAGGAUCUUGACGGCAACGGACACGGAACCCACUGCUCAGGCACCAUCGGUGGCACAAAGUACGGUGUCUCGAAGAAGGCCAACCUCUACGCUGUCAAGGUCCUGAGGUCGAGCGGUUCCGGUACUAUGGCAGAUGUUGUCCAGGGUGUUGAGUGGGCCGUUGAAUCUCACAUCAAGAAGGCCAAGAAGGGCGGCAAGGGCUUCAAGGGCAGUGUUGCCAACAUGAGUCUCGGCGGUGGCAAGUCCAAGACCCUCGAGGAUGCUGUCAAUGCCGGUGUUGAGGCUGGUGUUCACUUUGCUGUUGCCGCUGGUAAUGACAACGCCGAUGCCUGCAGCUACUCUCCCGCUGCUGCUGAGAAGGCCGUCACUGUCGGAGCUUCGACUCUCGGUGAUGAGCGCGCUUACUUCUCCAACUACGGAAAGUGCACUGACAUCUUUGCUCCCGGCCUCAACAUUCUUUCUACCUGGAUUGGUAGCAAGCACGCUGUCAACACCAUCUCUGGUACCUCCAUGGCCUCUCCUCACAUUGCUGGUCUCCUGGCGUACUUUGUUUCCCUUCAGCCUUCCAAGGAGAGUGCUUUUGCCGUUGAGCUUACUCCCGAGAAGCUGAAGAAGGACAUCAUCUCCAUUGCCACUGAGGGCAUCCUCACUGAUAUCCCCGCUGACACCCCUAACCUUCUUGCCUGGAACGGCGGUGGCUCCUCUAACUACAGUGACAUCGUCGCCAGUGGUGGCUACAAGGCCCAUGCUAACACUGAGUCCGAGUUUGAGUUCAAGGCCGGCGGAAUUCUUGCGCAGGCCAUGUAG